CGCCGUUCGCCGUUCGCUUGAUCCGAAACGGUAACGGUAGCGGUCAUGUAGCAAUGGUGCGAAUGGAAAUGUAAAUAUAUACAUAUUUUGUUUUCGUCGGUUCGUGUUAGUUGUAAAGAGUAUACGAUUUUCGAAAUCCAUUCGCAAUUCCUACAUGCGAAGCGGAUAAAAAUUCGAACCGUAUAAAUAUGCUUCCCAGUCCUAUCGGGGAAGAUAAACAAAAUUAUAAACGAUGGGAGAACUCCCGUUGGAAUGAUAAGUGUACGAUAGUGUUUCGAGUACAGCAGUAAAAUAAUUAAUGAAAAAAUGCUUCAGACCCUUCGUGAACGUUCGCAAAAGCGAAAGAAGCUACUCGCACAAACGCUAGGCGUAUCGAGUGUAGACGAGCUGAGACAGAUCCUAGGAACCGACAUCUAUGACGCGCAUACGAAAAAGUUGAAGUCGGUGACGGAGAAAACCGAGAAUGGCAUUAAAGAUUCGAAGAAUGAAACUGUCCCUACUGACGAAAUUGUGUACAAGGAUUCAUCAACAUUUUUGAAGGGAACACAAUCAUCGAAUCCACACAAUGAUUACUGUCAGCACUUCAUUGACACUGGUCAGAGACCACAAAACUUUAUCCGAGACGUCGGUCUCGCUGAUAGGUUCGAGGAAUAUCCAAAGCUACGGGAACUGAUUAAGUUGAAAGACGAUUUGAUCGCAGAAACUGCGACACCACCGAUGUACUUAAAGACCGACUUGUCCACGUAUAAUUUAAAAGAACUUAAUUGUAAAUUUGACGUAAUUUUGAUCGAGCCACCGUUGGAGGAGUAUCAGCGGACCUGCGGCGCAACGAACGUCCAAUUAUGGAAUUGGGAUCAGAUAAUGGAACUGGAUAUCGGCGAAGUGGCAGCCAAUCGGAGCUUCGUGUUCCUUUGGUGUGGCAGUAGCGAUGGAUUAGACAUGGGCCGUUUUUGUCUUCGUAAAUGGGGCUUCAGACGGUGCGAGGACAUAUGCUGGAUCAGGACCAACAUCAAUAAUCCAGGACACAGUAAGAACUUGGACAGUAAGGCCGUUCUUCAAAGGACUAAGGAACAUUGUCUGAUGGGCAUUAAGGGAACAGUGAGACGAUCUACGGACGGUGAUUUUAUUCACGCCAAUGUCGACAUAGAUCUGAUCAUAUCAGAGGAGCCUGAUUACGGUUCUAUAGAAAAGCCCGUCGAGAUCUUCCACAUAAUUGAACACUUCUGCCUUGGUCGACGGCGGUUGCACUUGUUCGGUAGAGACAGUACAAUCCGACCGGGAUGGCUCACGGUAGGACCCGAACUGACUAACACGAAUUUUAACGCGGACCUGUAUACGAGCUAUUUCGCGAGCGGUCAGAUAACCACCGGUUGCACCGAACGUAUCGAAGCUCUCAGACCGAAAUCGCCGCCACCAAAAGGUAAAGUUGCCGGUCGUGGAAGAGGCGGUUUUAGCCGGGGAAGAGGCAGAGGAAGGUAAAACAGUAUAAAAGACGCAGCCUCGUACCAUGACGUGUACAAACCGAUUUCAUUUCAACAUCUCGCCAAAUUCGCUGACAACUCAAAAUUAAGAUAUUUCUCUCGCGUUGGAUGAAAUAUUGUAUUGUACGAAAAGUACUUGUACCUUUCUAUUGUAUUGUACGAUAUUUUCCUUUACAUAUUGUAAUAUAACUUGUUUUUAAAAAAUAUUCGUCGCUACCAAAUAUUCCAAUUAUCUGGAGCCGUCUAUGUAAAUAUUGUAAAAAUCAGACGCAAAAAUCAAUUGUAGCCGCGAUACUUUUUUUACGUUCGAACGUAUUUAACGACAGCGUUGUUUUUUGCAUUUUUAACAAUCGUACGCUACGUCAUGAGUGUAAAUACUUGCGUUGUAUUUGGAAUAUUUUGUAACACAAACAACACAUUCAACGUAUUUGAAAUAAAGUUCAGUCAUGUCGAAGAA